GUGAUGUCGAGUGAGUGCCAGCUGGACGAUGUGACAACAACACAUUCUCUGGGAUUUAUAGUGAAUUGAUUCAGUUAAUACAGAGAAUUGAAUGUUUAGUCAUGGACAAACUCAGAGCGGUUCUGGGUGGUCGUGAUGGAAACAAUGACAACAGAAAUAUACUGCAGGCGGCGAAUGAAGCGUCCACGCUGGGAUGGGGGCCGCGUCUGAAAGGAUUCCUCGCCUGUAUGGUCAUCGGUGUUGUGUGCACGAUCCUGGGAGUAUGUUGCCUAUUUAUUCCCAAAAUAGGAUUGAUUCUCUUCAUUGUGUUUUACACAUUGGGCAACAUAUGCUCCUUAGUAAGCACAAUGUUUUUGAUGGGACCAUUAAAACAGCUGAAACGCAUGUGUGACAAGACCAGAGCCUUUGCUACUAUUGUUAUGAUAACAUGUCUGGUUCUCACACUCUGUGCAGCUUUUUGGUGGAAGAUCUUUGCACUCACGUUGCUGUUUGUCAUUCUGCAAGUCCUUGCAUUUGCAUGGUAUAGCCUGUCUUACAUUCCUUUCGCAAGAGAUGCCAUCCUGAAGUUUUUCUCAAUGCUGUUCCACACAUGUGUGAAAUGACAAGGCGAGGUUUGGCCUUUCACCACUCCAGAUACUUUCUGGUCAAGUAUUUUGUGAUUCCGGGAUCAUCAAAACAUCAUUGACAGAAUGGCACAAUGGGACACUGCUAGUUUUAAUGGCAUUUU